AUGGCUGCGAGACAGUCGACGCCGUCGUCAGAGCAUUCGGCUCACUCAGAUAGUAAUGUGCGCAAAAGAGUGUGCAAGGCUUGUGAUCGAUGUCGCUUGAAAAAGUCAAAGUGCGAUGGCGCCAGUCCCUGCGGCAGAUGUCGCGCCGACAAUGCUAUUUGCGUCUUUGGUGAGCGCAAGAAAGCUCAUGACAAGGUCUAUCCCAAGGGGUACGUCGAGAUGCUGGAACAACAACAAAUCUGGCUCGUAAACGGUCUACAAGAACUCUACCGCCGCGCCCAAGAAGGCGAAGGCUGGUCCGGAGAACCACUCAAAGCCGAAUCGAAUGGCCACCCACUCACACACGACCUGCUCACACGAUUAGGCGCACUAGAUCACGGCAAGGGCGAAACAUUUGAAGACAACGUGGAACAGAUGCAACAAAGAUUAUGGCAACAAAAUGCAGGCUUGAUGCAACGACAGGAAUCGUCCGAUGGAAGUUCAGAUAUUGCGCAUUCUCCUCCAGCCACCACCACGAAUUUGAAUGUCAACACGCAUAGUCAUCCCCAACAUCGCCAUCACCAUUUAGGCAAUAACCAUAGUCGACGACAUCAUCCAUAUCCAGUCUCACCAUACGCAGAUUCCAUGGCCAGACAUCAAUUACCACCCACACCACCAGGAAGCUACAGCCCUUCCUCCUCCGCCGCUUCAUCGCAGCAACAACAGCAACAAAUGCCAUCUAUACCAAUCAUAAAAUCCGAACCCCUCCUCAUCACAACCUCCGCCCAACUCUCCUCCACAAUCCCAACACCGACAUCCACAAUCUCGUCCGCGAGCGCACCAACUUUCUUCUCUCAACAAGGCAUAAAUCCGAUAUCUCUCCAACAACAUCAACAACAACAACCGCAAACUCCCUGGACAACAAACUCCAACGACCUCAAUUUUGACGAUUUGGAUCUCAUUGGCGGAAGUGGAAGCGGCAAUCAGUUUUCCUCGUUAUUUGAAGAUAUGUCAUCCUCUUCGUCGCCGAUGUUCGGUGCUGGUGGUCGACAGCAACAGAUGCCGAUAAACUGUUUACCGCCAAGUAUGCUCUUUGAGCCUGGGAACGAAGAUUUCAGUCAAUACUUCAACACGAACACGGAAAUUUCCACUAUUUGA